ACCUGUUCAGUUUAUCCUUGGCAGUGGAGCCCAUAACACUCUCAUCAUCAGCAUAAGCUAUCCAUCUACACACGUACCACAUUCACUCUCUUGGAUAACCGUACUUGCUGCGAAAAAGUACCACCACUCGUUUAGUUGCAAUUGGACAGCGUCGAGUGGUGACGGUGUCCAUUCCUCUCCUUUUGAGGUCGACAAUCAUAUCCAGCCAGAGAUUUAAGGGGUCUUUUCCUUCAAUCAUUUACACUCUCCAGAAAAAUAAACCAGUACGGACUUACGUCUCCAGAGGUGAGGUGGUUGAGGGCCACACCAAAAAAUCUACCAUUCUUGAUAUCACGUCAAGUGAGAAGCAAUCGGAUUACACAACACAAUCAGAAAAAAAAACCAAGCCGUGGUGCUCACCAGUGACAAUCGUUUUAUCCCAUUUGGUAACCACAUGAAUGAAUCAUAACCCUAUGAGAUUGGUGUUUUCGUCCAGAAACAUGAAAUUUAGACCCGUCAUCAUUCCGGGAAAGUGAGAUUAUUGCAUGGUGGAAUUUAUAGGAAAAAAAUAGUGAAAAAGUGAGACAAUCUCAGGAGAUGCCUGAGCGUGAGACGAAAAUACUAUUGAAAGGACAACCCUAGUUAAAGAAACGGCUAUACGAUGCCUAAGAUAUUUUUGAUUAAAAAUCGCCUCCUCCAACAGCAACAAAGGCUGUUGGAGACUUCGAAGCAGGCUUCACCCUCCUCCGAGGGGGGUUUGGAUAGGGAUGACGAUGGGGAGAAGGACUCGCCCCCUUGUCAUGUCACCCCCAGGUCACUCUUUGGCCGAUUUCUCGCCAACAGGUCAGCCUCCCCUUCUCCGGUGGGAGACUGUGGCGCCAGUGAUCACGACGAUAACGAUUCGGAUGAACCACUCUCUCUCGUCGUUCACAAAGAAACUAAAUCUGACCGAGAAGAAGAGCUGAGAAGGGCGAAUGCUCGAACACCCUUGAGACCAUCAGUCAUACACAGAGCACCGGCCCCCAAGUCGCCACCAGCGUCUCCCUUUCCUCCAGAACAAGAUGCACCACUGGAUUUUAGUCAAGGGGGAUCAGGCACUAGUGCUGAGCCGGAAGAUUAUGAAGGAAACGGUCCACCUCGCGGGGGGAGAAUGGGUGGCGGUGGGAUGCCGUCAGGUCCUGGAAAGGGGAAUGGAGUUGAUAUGCCCUCAUCUGGGAUGAACAGUGGUGGGGGCACGAGCGACCCGCCAUGUCAUGGUACCAACAACAAUGGGAACGACAUGUCAGGCAAUAUGGGUGGAAGUGGUCCAGGUGGCUACAGACUGGCCACGGAUCCUCUGCCCCCCGUCCACAGCCUGGGGAUUGGAGGACACUUUGGCUCCAGCAGUAAUGGGAAUGGGAUCGGAGGAAUGAAUGGCGCCUUCCUCUCGAGAUACGAUCCACGCCAGGCUGAAGCAUUGUUAGACGUCUGCGUAGGGGGGCCGGUGGGUGGCCAUUUGGCAAACGACCCUCUCCUGUUACCUCUCCCAAGUCCGGAAUCUCUCCUCGAGUUGGCCGAGUUGUAUCGAGAUGACCCUCCGGCACAUGACAUUGAUGCCCCACAACCCGAACCCCCUCCACUUUUGGCCCCUCUCACCCCAAUGGAACCCUCUGCUAGUAACAGCUCAGACCAUUGCGCUGUGAAGAAUGAGAACCACAGGAAUAAUCUCAACUCACAAUUUGCCGUCCGAAGUUCUAACAACUUAAAUAAUCCAAUGUUGGAUGGCAGUGGCCAAGGACGCCAACAAUUUAUGCAGCAACAAACAAAUGACUUUUUCAACUUUGGUGGAUUCAAUUUUUCCGACGAGUUUAGCGCUGCACUAGACAACCAACUGAGCCUUAACCCGUCCUUGCUUAACACCGCGACACUUCCGUCAUCCACCUCGUCGUCGAUCAUGGGGUCGUCAUCGUCAACGCAAAUGGUAACUUCUAUUGCUGGGUUUCCAUUUCCUCCUGUCCCCUCCUCCCUGGCUAAAAUUUUCCUCCCCUCCCCCCAAUCCAACAAUAACGAGUCCAUGGAUGACAAUCCAUUCCCUCACGACGUACUUGACCACCACCGGGCCAUGCCAACCUCACUCUCGGGCACUCACAGUCCUGGCUCCAGCGGACAAUCGAGCCGUUCUUCCAGAAGACAUUCUUCCGGAUCAUCGGCAAGCGGUGGACUUUCUGGACGUGUUUCUGCUCAGCGACAACGGCAGUUGACCAUUCCAAAUGACGCACACGUGGAGUUUGUUAACGGAGGGCAUGGUAUUAAGAAUCCCCUCGCAUGCCAUUCCCCUGACCUGGCGAUGGACGAGAAGUCCAACAGUGGAUGCGGUGACUCUUCGUCGGACUCUGGUGGGGAGAAAUGCAGCGUCAGCACGAGCACUUCGGGAGGAAAGUUGUCCUGCAGAAUUUGUGGGAAGGGAUUUAACCUACAAAGACUCCUUAACAGACAUUUGAAAUGUCACUCGGAUGUGAAGAGAUAUUUAUGUACAUUCUGCGGAAAAGGUUUCAAUGACACCUUUGACCUUAAGCGACAUACAAGAACUCACACUGGCGUAAGACCUUACAAGUGCAACAUGUGCGAAAAAUCUUUUACCCAGCGAUGCAGUUUGGAGUCACAUUGUCUAAAAGUCCAUGGAAUGCAGCACCAAUACGCAUAUAAAGAACGGAGGACGAAAGUUUACGUUUGUGAAGAAUGUGGACACACCACCGGGGAACCCGAAGUCCAUUACGUCCACCUCAAAGACAAUCAUCCCUAUAGUCCCGCACUCUUAAAGUUUUACGACAAACGACACUUCAAAUUUACUAAUUCCUCCUUUGCAAAUAUGUUAUUGCAAGUCCGAUCCUAAAUAAACGGGAUUUUGCACAUUUCUAUCUAAUCGUUAUUUUGCUGCGUGUGUGCAGAAUCUUUCAACUAUUAUUAUUUUGUUUAUCGCACUUACAUACCCUCCCUCCGUAGUCUGAAUAUUGAAUAUAUGGAUAUCUUGCAAAUAUGUAAUCACCCAAAAUCCACCUCAUACACGUAUUACACACACACCCACGAGUCUUAUAAUUAGCCUUACUUUUUUGUACUCGAUCCAGGUCAUUUCAUUCGCGAUAGGAUUUUUUUAUUCGAUUUAAUUCGAUCGCCCACCCACCCACAUAUUACAACAAGGACACAAAAGUAUUACCCUCUUGAAUGAUAAUAACCACGCAAAAACCUUUUGGGAUUAAGAAAAUAGAAAAAUGUUGUAGGAAAUGAUAUAAACACACGUACGUGAAAAUCUAUGAAAGUAUUAUUGUGCAUAAUAACAUUAUAUUAUUAUUCGCUAACACAUAGCGUACAAACUAUUUCAAGAACUAAACUAAUUUACUAAUUAUAAAAAAGCGUACAUUACUUAAAAAUAUGUAACGUAACCUAGUAUAAAAAAAGGCAUUGUAUUUAUUGCAUUGUUUAAGCAUGCUGCUGUUAAGUAAUAACAAUCUCAUUAUUAUAUAACUAUUUAAGAAGAUUAUCAAUUACUUUGUAGAAUUAUUAUGACUCGUAAAAGUAAUUUACAUCCAUAGACGAUCACACAUUUAAGUAUUAAUAAUUUAUACAGCGCCUGCCUCUCCGUUCAUUAUUCAUACGCGCAACGAAAUAAUUUUAAUAAUAACACAAUAUGUAAAUGAUGUCCAAUUAUCUCAGUAAUUAAAGGAUUAAUGGGAUGACUUUCCUUUCUUAUAUAUGUGUCCGAUGAGAGAAAGAGGGUAACAAUUGAAUCUUGAGGGGGUUCCAAUAUUCUUAUGUGUAACAAAACAAUGUCCGUUGAUAAAGUUUAUGUACGAGAGAGAGAUAGUGAAAAUGUGUGAGAAAAUGUGACGAGAAAGUGAGAAAUUUCUGUAUAAAUAGUAAUAUUAUUGACCGUUUGUUACGUACUGUAAUUUAAUACGAUAACUGACGCCCAUGCUGUCGUGAAUGAAACCAAGGUGCUCUUAAGUGUCAAGAAACGAAAUGUUUCUCUACUCUAAAUCAAUUCCUCCUGUCGCCUUUAUUAGUUUUUUUUAGUUGAGGUGUAGAAAAUCAGAUGAAUUAUUGUCGUCCUUCCAACUGCAUUUUAUUUAUAUGUCAAACUAACUCCUGCGUACCUUUGAGAAUGAUAUAAUUUAAUGGUAUACAUAAUAAUGAUUAUUAUGAAAUUGGAUUAAUGUUGUGUGGCGAGGAAGCGGUUAAAUGUAUGUACUAGUUGAUUUUGUUUAGUUGAGGCAAUCGGAAGAAAGACUGUAUAACAAUCAUGUUCACUAUGUAAUGAAUGGGCACCAGGCCCAUCAAUUUAUUUACUUCUACUUUUAGGAGUUAGGGGUCAUAAAAAGGUCCAUUGUUGUUUCAUGAGAAAAAACGGACGGGAUAUGUGAUGUAGAUCGUACAAAUAUUUUAAGGAAUGUUAAUGAAUUAGUUGUUAAUUAAUGUCCCCCUGAAUAAUUGGCGUACAAAAAAUUUACGUUAUUAUUAUGGUGAGAAUGAUACGCACUUUUACAAUAUGCAACAAGUAUAAUAUUGUUUUUCAUAUACUCUUAUUGUUAUUUGUUAUCGAAUAAAUAAUUGAAAUUUGUGAGUACUGUAAAAAAAGCAGGUUAAAAAUACCCUUUCCCCUCCGACAUGACUUAAUUUUGUUGUAAGAAUGCGUUUGGUGUGUUAAGAUCAUUACCAGAGUUUAUAAUCGAGUGUUUUGAUAUUUUAUUUAUGUAAAUUAUGUGAGCCUGAUCAAGAGUAGAAUAAAGCUUUGGAAAAAUGGAACAAAAUA